GGGGUAAAGAUGGCUACAGAAAACGAGGUCGUGUCCGAAAUCGAGGUGUUGCAAUCCAUUUAUCUGGACGAGCUGAAGGUCACUCAGAAAGAUGACGAUGGAUGGGAGGUGAGUCUAGUGCUUUACCCCUCAACAGCGGCAGAUUCCCUGUCUCAGUUUGUCCGGCUCACUCUAACGCUGACUUUAGAUUCACAGUAUCCCUCCUCUCCUCCCUCCAUCUCCAUUCAUAAUCCACGAGGCCUCUCAGAUGACAAGUUACUCAGUGUGCAGAAGUGUUUGAAGACGGAAGCUGAAUCAAGUCUGGGGACACCGGUUCUUUAUCAGCUCAUUGAGCGGGCCAAAGAGAUUCUCACAGAGAGUAAUAUUCCCCACGGGAACUGUGUCAUCUGUCUUUAUGGCUUUAAGGAGGGGGAGGUGUUCACCAAAACCAGUUGCUACCACUACUUCCACUCCCACUGCCUGGGUCGCUACAUCACCCACUCCGAGAAGGAGUUAAGGGAGAGGGAGAGAGAAAUGGAGGAGGACAAGACCAGAGAGAGGGCUGAAGGAGAGGAGCUAACGGUUGUGUGCCCAGUGUGCCGUGAACCUUUGACCUAUGACGUGGAGACGCUGUUGUCGGCUCCUGCUCCCAGUUUUCCAAAGAUGGAGGAAGCAGGUGUAGGAGCUGAUUUUAAACAGAAAUGGGUGGAGCUUCAGAAGAUUCUAGAACGACAGAGAGAGAGCGGUGGGAUUAUUGACCCAGAGGCAGAGUCAAAUAGGUUCCUUAUACAUAUUAAUGAGCCCCAGCCAAGCUCCUCUGAUGUCCCGUGCAAUACGUCUGAUGCCCCAUCCAGCCAAUCCCUGCCUUCCCCUCCAGCUACAUCCACCAAUCAGAACCCGACUUCACAAGGUCCGUAUGUUUCCAGCCAAUCACAGCGGAGGGGUGGCUACAGUAAAAGUCGUCAGGGAGAGUUUAAACGAGGACGGAGGGGAAAGGGUGGACAAGUGCCUUGUGAGACAUUGCCAGCUGUUGUGGACAAUGUGGAAAAGCUUCAUUUGUCCUCUGAGAAGUUCAAGGAUGUUAAGAAAGCUACAGGUGAACAACAGGACUUGCAAGCAGAAAACACACUGGAAGGACACGCCGUGGAACAAAAAUGUCGUGAUGAUGCUGAGAUCAGCGAGUCAUUGAAGAUGCAAUGUGGGCAGACUUUGGAUGCCAACCAACAAGAUUCUAUUGUAACUAUAGAUGGACAACAAAUAAGCCAGUCAGACGUAGAAAGCCGCAAAACUAAUGGUCAAACCAACUCGGUGAAUCGGGGUCAUAGGCGUGGCCAUCAGGAUAGAGGGCGGAGACAUGGUCAACAUGGAUCUGGCUAUUCGCAGGAAAAGAACUUUAGGGAACCCAACCAAUGGAAUCCUUCGGGGUUUGUUUAUCAUCACAGGGGAGGACGAGGUCAUAGAGCUAGAGGGGGCGGGGCUAGUUAUCCUCACACCAGAGGGGGCAGGGCAAACAGAGGCAGUGGGAGGGGUUUUCAUCCAAGAGUAGAAAGUGAAAGAGAGGAAGGAGUCCUCUGACAGUGGGAGAAGGGAGGGAUGGUGAGAGAGAGAAGCAUACCUCCCUACUGUACCAUAAGCACCUCUGUCAUAAUAAUAUCUAUAAUAAAGCUGCUGCUCAUUAGCAGUUAACAGAAA